AUGGUUCAAGAAAAGCAGGGUGUAAAGAUCAUCGUGGCUGGUCUACCGCGCACGUCGACGACAAGUCUCAAGAAGGGCCUUGAGAUACUUGGAGUUACCCCAUGUUUCCAUCUUGGAGAUCCUCCUGCGCCUAUCUCGAGAGUCAAAGAGAGUGCCCGCGUGCUGGCCAUAAGGGAUCGGAAUGAGAGACUUAAGGCGUUGAAGAGGCUGUACGAUGGCUUUGAAGCCGUCUUUGAGCCUCCUGCUAGCGCCCUUGUUGACGACAUGCUUACUGUUUACCCCGAUGCAAAGGUCAUCCUUUCAGUGCGCAAAAAUCCCCAGGUCUGGUUGGCCUCGUACUACGGACUGGGCAUUGAUAUGCGGUCCCCAUGGUAUCGCAUCCUGGGGUACUGGAUCCCAGGCGUGAUUCACUCAAGCGACCUUAUCAUCGCCUGGUCAAAAUACUACGCUGAGAAGUUUGGCCUCGACGAAGUCCCCUCGGAGGAGCUCUACCACAAGCACAACCAAUGGGUUCGCGACAUAGUCCCCGCUGGAAGAUUGCUGGAAUACCAACCCAGCAUGGGAUGGGAACCCCUGGCGCGCUUUCUCGACAGGCCUGAACCAAAGGAUGAGCCAUUUCCACGUGUCAACGAAGCAGCUUUUCUGCGGAAUGUCAAACGGGUCGCUAUGGGGCUAGGAUCGUUGGUCUGGCUGUGUUUGUUUGUUGGUCUGUAUUUUACUGGGGUCUUUGUGUGGUCUAAACUGGGAGCAUGA